GUUCCUUUUGCUCAAGUCUUCACCUUAAAAAGAUUAAAAGCCUCAUAUUUUCAAGAUAGAAAAAGCCACUUUCAAGCAGAAGUUUCAAAUGGGAAAUCAGAAGAUAGAUGACUAACAAAGAAUUUAGUUCGGUUUCGGAACUUUGAACCUGCAAACUCUCAUCAAGAAACAUCAGCAACAGUUCUGAAAAACAUGGGCUUUUGUCUUAAUCAAGAAUCACCAAAUCAUUCUAAGAGAUUCAAAUUACUUGUGUCAACUGUCAAGGAUGCUUUUGCAAACUGCCAUUCUUUCAGGAAAAGAUCACAUUCAAGUCCAGAAGAAGAUGAUACGAUUUGUGACUACGAUGAUGAACAGGUAUUUAUAUCAGCAGUGAUAAGUCAAUACAUGGAGUUGAAAUGCAGAAGAAAGACAGCCAUCACAACUGACAAGUUUACCUGGGCUUUCUCUCCGACAACAGGAGACUUAUUCAUCUCUGCAAGACUGAGACAAAAAGAGGAGGACAAUGAAGAUCAAGAAACAGAAGAAAGGGAAGAUUUUUACUCUGUUGCUAGUAGUCUAUCUCCCUGCUCCAGUGCUACAAGCUUUGAGGCAUUUGUCACAGCUAAGACGGUCUUUUCUCGAUCAUCAAGCUUAGACAGUAUUGACUUCCAAGAUCUCAGGAGGCAUUCUGUUAUUCAAGAAUUAUCUGACUGUGAAGGAUGGCCAUUUGGUCUAUACCGAAAAGCCUUGUUACUUCCACCUUUGCCAAAAUCACCAUCUGAUUCUUGGUCAUGGAGUAAGAGUGCUAGAAUGGUUAAGAUGCACUGAUAGUUAGCAUUUCAAAUCAAUUGCCUCUAUUCUGUGAAGCAAUUUUACAUUUUCCAUUGAUCUUAUGUUUAUGUAUGAAGCAUGAACUAUGUUUUUCAAUAAUGGCUACAAUCAGUUUGUUCAAGUGAACACAAAA